CCUUGAUCUAAAGAUCUGAGGAUCAGAACCUUGAAUUUGGCCUUAAUAAAGAUUUUGAUAGAUGUGCCUAAUGAUUUGCUAAGAAAAGAAAAGGUUUAAAGUUACAGAUAUCCCCCUUCUCAGAUUCUUGUGAAGCCUUUAAAAACCCUAAAAACUUUGAACAUUUAAAAACGGCCUUAUAGUGUUGCUCUUCGGGUCAGUAUAAAUUAGAAAUGACAAGAUAAGAGUUUUAACUAUGUUUUUACUAAUCUGCAUUGAGCAGGGUGCUUGUAAGUUAGGAGAUGGCGACUGCAACACUGAUCAAGAUUGUGAACUACCCUUCAUAUGUGGUUCCAACAACUGCUGGACAGAGUUUAAAAAAGGAAAUGGAAGUUGGGAUGAGGAAGAUGAUUGCUGCACUAGAAGAUGUGCUCAAGGCAGACUAUGUGGGCAUGGUGAAGGCGUGUGUAAGGAUCAGUUUGACUGUAAGCUACCAGGAUAUCACCUAUGUUCAGCACAAUCAUGUCAAAAUUCCACAAUAUUUAGUGAACUGGAGCUAUCAGAACACUCAUCUGCGGGUCUAGUGGGACAGGAAAAAUGCUGUCAUAGAGCAUGUGGCCCAAACUAUAAGUGUGGAAAUAACAGCAUUGGAUGUGAAACUCAUAAGGAUUGUCGUUCUGGUCAUAAAUGUAUUAUGAGGGAGGACGGAUACAACUUCUGCAGAGAUAUCAACGAAUGUGUAGAUAUCAGAUACUCCAAUUCCUCUCUUGAAUAUUGCGGAGCCGAGACAAACUGUUUGGAUCAAAUAGGAACAAUCAUAUUAGAAAACAUGUUUUUUUAG